AUGAACACGGAUGCUAUUGGACGCAAUAUGGGAGACAAAAAGCAGGCUGUCACAGACCUAGCGAACUCUUUGGAGUCGUUCAAAACAAGUACCACAAGUGCUAAGCACAAGACUUUGGUUGGUCAUGAAAGGCAGACCGCAUUGAAUGCCGAGCUUGACCAGGUACGACAAAUUAAUGGUUUAGUUCAAGAUGUUCUCCAAUCUGUUAACCAUACUAAUUCGAAUCUUGAGAGUGCUCUGAUAAGCUCUACGAAUUCUAAUCAACUAUUAGAUAUGUGGGUGCGAAUUCUUUCUCAAACCGAGCAUACGCAACGGUUGUUGAGUAAUAGAAAUUGGCAGGGACAAACAAAAGACGAGCAGCUUAUCGCUGAGAGGGCUUUGGAAAAAGCUCGUCAGGAGGAACUUGAGCGGCAAAAGCGUGAACAACUCCGUCAAUUAGAAUUAGAAAACCAACGUCGUGAACAGAUACUUGCCGAAAAGAGGCGUGCUAAAGAAGAACUUCUUCAAAAGCGCAUAUAUGGAAAACGGGCGCCGUCUGUUCCUAUAACAUCUGCCACAUCCGCUGGUACAGGAUCCACUAGAAGAAAUGCUAGUGGUUUGACUGGAAAUUCAGCACUGAAUCAGAGACCGACUCGCCCAAACAGACCUACAGAGGAAACAAAUAGCUCGUCACUAAACUCCACUAGCCGUAUUCGACCACCAACGGGGAUUACAAGAUCGAGAUAUAUUUCAUAA